GAUAGAUUUUGCAAAAAGGAGCCGUUGAGUCCUUAAAGGACGUGGUAAGAGAAUUUAAGGCACCAGCGUCAGAAAGACCCUGUCGGGAGUGUAUGUGUUCCUUUUCUUCCGGGUUACGUUGAACCUCUUCAGUCUCCGUAGCCCGAAGGUGAAGUGCCUGUGAAAAUGGAAGUGAAUCCCCCCAAACAGGAGCACCUGCUGGCUCUGAAAGUGAUGCGGUUGACUAAGCCUACUUUAUUCACCAAUAUUCCAGUAACAUGUGAAGAGAAAGACUUACCUGGAGAUCUCUUUAACCAGCUUAUGAGAGAUGAUCCUUCAACUGUAAAUGGUGCUGAAAUUUUAAUGUUGGGCGAAAUGUUGACUUUACCACAGAAUUUUGGGAAUAUAUUUCUGGGAGAGACCUUUUCCAGUUAUAUCAGCGUUCAUAAUGAUAGCAAUCAAGUUGUAAAAGAUAUAUUGGUAAAAGCUGAUCUGCAGACAAGUUCUCAGCGUUUAAAUCUCUCAGCCUCCAGUGCUGCAGUGGCUGAACUUAAACCCGAUUGUUGUAUUGAUGAUGUCAUACACCAUGAAGUAAAAGAAAUUGGAACACACAUCUUGGUGUGUGCAGUGAGUUACACAACUCAGGGCGGAGAAAAGAUGUAUUUUAGAAAAUUCUUCAAAUUUCAGGUUCUCAAACCAUUGGAUGUGAAAACAAAAUUUUACAAUGCAGAGAGUGACCUCAGUUCUGUGACUGAUGAAGUAUUUCUGGAAGCCCAGAUUCAGAAUAUUACAACCUCACCCAUGUUUAUGGAGAAAGUUUCAUUGGAGCCAUCUAUAAUGUACAAUGUAGCAGAAUUAAAUUCAGUCAAUCAAGCUGGAGAAUGUGUAACUACAUUUGGGUCAAGAGCAUAUUUGCAGCCAAUGGACACACGCCAGUACUUAUACUGCCUAAAACCCAAGAAGGAGUUUGCAGAAAAAGCAGGCAUCAUUAAAGGAGUAACAGUAAUUGGAAAACUGGAUAUAGUGUGGAAAACAAAUCUAGGUGAAAGGGGAAGAUUACAGACCAGCCAACUUCAAAGAAUGGCUCCAGGUUACGGAGAUGUUAGGUUGUCUUUGGAGGCAAUUCCGGAUACUGUAAACCUAGAAGAACCUUUUCAUAUUACCUGUAAAAUAACAAACUGCAGCAGUGAAAGGACUAUGGAUCUGGUUUUGGAAAUGUGCAAUACCAAUUCCAUCCACUGGUGUGGCAUUUCAGGAAGACAGCUUGGAAAGCUGCAUCCAAGUUCCUCUCUCUGCCUUGCCCUGACCCUGCUGUCUUCAGUACAGGGGCUGCAAAGCAUCUCCGGCUUAAGACUAACAGACACUUUCUUAAAGAGGACAUAUGAAUACGAUGACAUCGCACAAGUCUGUGUGGUAUCUUCGGCCAUUAAAGUGGAAAGCUGAAGAAAACUUCCAAUGUUGUGCUUUCACAAAACUUUCUGUAUUUUUGUCACCUUUGUGAAAUCCAACAGCAAAAAAUAAGUGUAUAUUAGUUAAAUGUCUCUCCUGUAAAACUGUUAAAAUGUUAAAUAUUUGUUUUGACAGCAACCUUCAACCUAUUUUAUCUUGUGAGUUAUAUUCUAAAUGAACAUGUGUACAUUUUCUAUGUGUAUCCUAUUUCAUUUCAUUCACAUGACCAAUGAACUUUGUUCUCCUAAAGCUCUGUAUUUGAGGCCAUUUGUCCUUAACAAGUAUCUGGAACAGGAGUCAGCAUACAUUUUAUGUGAGGGGCCAGGUACUAAAUAGUUUAGGCUUUCCAGACUAUGCUGUUUCUGUUGAAAAUACUCAACCCUGCUAUUGUAGUGCAAGAGCAGCCAGUAGACAGAAAACAGUGGUGUUUACAGAAGUAGGGCAGCCUGCUGAAUUUGGCCUGUAGGCCAUAGUUCGCUGACCUUGAUCUCAAAAGUGCAGUUGUUUCUUAAAACCUUACAUUUGCUAAUACUAUGUGAGUUUUUGGUAUGUAUCUGUAUUUGUAUAUACAUAGAAACACACACACGUCUCAGUUUCAGUUACUAACAGCAGAUCAGAAUUGGUUUUAUCUUAGACUGUUUAUUACUGUUAACUUUUAACUAAACCCUCAAAAUUUUCUAAUUUUAAAUCCAAAAAAUGCUGUUUUCCUAUUGAAAAAUAACACUUACAUAAAGCAUUUCUAGCUUCUGAUACUUGAUUUUGAACUCUAAAUCAUGUAUUAAUAUUAUUAAAAUUUUUAUCUCUACAUACAAUCACACUAACUUAUGCCAAACAGAAAGUUAAGACUGUAACAACUCUGCAAAUGAAUGUAAUAAAAGUUUCAAUGUUUUGUAAGGAAAACAAAAGCUUAUGCCAUUAAAUAGAAACUUAUUUGGUAAGUUGAAGUUCAAGGAUGUAUAUAUAAUUGCUUAAAUGUAAGAGUGCAUUAAGUCAAAUACAAAAAUUGUUUUUUCUUAAAUGCAGAAUUAUUUAUUGGCAUGACAAAUUGGUCCAAAAUCAAAACCAUAUUCAGAAUGAGAUUCGCCCCUUAAAUUGGAGUAAUAAUUAAUGAAAUGUCUGUGCAAAAUAAAGUGCAAGCAAUUUAAAAUUGAACUUUUUUCCAUAAUGACUAAGAUUGAUUAAAUGAUGAAAUAAGACUUUA